AUGAACUCUAACAAUGCAGUUAGACCCGACUAUACGCUACCAGAGUUCAAAGGAGAGUGGCAACAACUAGUAGAUGAAGGAUUAUCCGAACAGCAGGCUGCUCGAUCCUUAACAGCGUUAUGGAACUUUAACAAUAACGCGGAGAAGGCACGAUGGGCAGAUAGACAAGAACGUCUAGAAGAGGCUCGUCAACGAGCUGAAGAAGACGAAGCCCAGAGGCAACAAGACCUUAAAGACGAAGAGGAAGCAACUCAUUUAGAAGACAGGAAGAAGAACAAGAAUAAGUACGCGCCUGUCAAACACGGAGAAGUACCUUCCGACCCUACUAUUCUCCCAGCACAAUACGCGACUAGGAGAUUGAAAGCAGGAGAUUACUGCGAGUUGCACUAUUUUACCAACAAAGGCCUCGACGAGGCCAAAACUUCGGCCUUGAUUGCUGAACCAGAUGCACUAGUGAUGCUCCCAGCAUCGGACGGAGUACACUCUGGGUUCCCGCUGCAGCGGUCAAAGAUCCCAAAGCAGCCCCCAUUACCAAAGAUGAGAAUCUCACAUGGGAAGAGUUUAACAAAGCGGCCCCACGCAUAA